AUGUUGCCUCGGGUAGCCGCUGGUGUUCGGCACUCGGCCAGCUGGCCAUUUCGACGACUCCAGCCUGGAUUGAACAGAGCCGAUUGUCCACUAUUAUUUUCGAGCAAGGCUCGCAGCAUUGGUGGCGCAAGAGGUCGACUUGAUUCCACAUUUUUUAAUCGCAAAGUUAGCAACAUAUCUGCUGGCGAGGGACGGAAGAGUGACUCACGCAGGCACUACUAUGCUGUCGGCAUUAGCGUGGCAGUUGUUCUGGCCAUUGUCGGACCACGCUUUGACGAACUGAGAUCUGAAUUUUUAAAUCGUUUCUGGCAAAUAACUCUAACUUCACACUUUGUGCCUCGCGCACCUCCCAUUGCGCAGGUGAAGGAGCCAUCCGACAUAAAACAGGCUAUCUAUCCCGUGCUAGAUCUCGACGCUGCUAAUGCAAAGCUCAAAGCCAGCGAACAAUCGUAUAGCUCUGAUGCAAAUUCUGCUUUUGGGGAGAGCUCCGUAAGCAGAUUUGAUAUCUUGAGACUCCCGAGUAAUUCACCUUGUGAAGAUGAAUUUGCUUUUGAUACCGUCGAUGUUGGCCAAGAGCGGGAUUGGCAAUUUUGGGGCGUUUAUGACGGUCAUGCAGGAUGGGCGACUUCUGCGCUCCUUCGACAUUCCUUGAUUGCCUAUGUCGGUCGUGAAAUAAGAGACUUGAUGACGAUGCAAGGCGGAGUAGCAACACCCGAAGCUAUUGAUGCCGCAAUCACGUCUGCAUUCCUGAGACUCGAUGGCGAGAUCAUAGAUGAUGGUCUCAAAGCUAUGACUGAUUCUCAAACACCCGGAGAAGCUGUCUCAAGAACAGCGCCUGCUCGGGCCGGCUCAUGUGCACUUCUUGCGGUCCAUGACCCAGUUAACUCGAUUUUAAGAGUUGCUUGUGCCGGAGACUCGCGUGCAGUACUUGGCCGUCGACCACCCCCCGGAGGAGAGGGCAGCAAUUGGACAACAAUUGAACUCUCCUCUGACCAAACAGGAUUCAACCCAGACGAAUGCGCACGCCUUGCAGAGAACCACCCUGGAGAGUCUAAAAUAAUCGACCCUAAAUCAGGACGAUUGAUGGGAAUAGCAAUUACGCGAGCAUUUGGCGACCAUCGCUGGAAAUGGCCAACCGCGGCCAUAGAGCGGUUCAGUAAGCAUUUCUUUGGUAGUGGUGUCAGACCACACUAUCAAACCCCUCCUUACAUGACUGCCGAGCCAGUCAUUACAACAACUCAAGUACAGAAGGGAGAUUUUGUUAUUCUCGCAAGUGAUGGCUUUUGGGAUCGCGUCACCAACGAAGAUGCUGUCGGGUGUGUGACUAAAUGGAUCAAUCGCGAGUCAUCAUCGAAGAAAGGUGGAUUAUCAGAAUGGAGCAUCCACAAAUCACAGGGCGUAGGAUUUCCAGAUGGAAAGGUUUCACCUGAUACAUUCGUUGUGGAAGAUGAGAACGUGGCAACACAUUUGGUAAGAAAUGCUCUUGGAGGGAAUCGCAGGGAGCAUUUCUGCGGUGAGCUGAGCCUGCAAAGCCCUGAUUCUCGAUAUGAGAGGGAUGAUAUCACUGUUCAGGUUAUAUUCUUUGGAGACGUGGGGAGGGCCCAAAGGGCACGUGUCUAG